UCUCAAAUCGACAUGCUCCCAACCGACGGGUUAAUGUAAAACUCAUCUUCCUCGGCAGUGCGACGAAUUUAAUUUCAUUGAACAGUAACACUAAUUGGUACAAAAGAUCGUUUGGUAACUAUUUGAUAUAUUCAUCGUUGCUUUCCUCGCUUGGAGGUAAAUCGAUGUGUUUUUGGCUUACGUAUUGGCUGGACUGUCUUCGAUGACAAACCAUAUAACUACUUUAUCUGACAUUUUAUACAUUACAUCAUCAGUGUCCUCAACAUCAAAUUGUGAGUUACGCAGGUAUUCUGUGUGAUGGGUGUUCUUGUGGUUGCCGUUGUGCUCUGUGCCUUAACUGCUAGUGGUGUUGGGGCUGCGGCAGCAUGGAAUCAUUUCUGCGGAUCUGAACGGAUGAAAAAAUAUCUAUUGAGGAUCACAAAUCGAAAGGAGAAUGAGGUGGUAAAAAUAGAGGAGGGCGCCACCUACGGUACUACCGACAAAACGAAAACAGAUGAGAGAAGUAUAGAGUCAAAAGAUGCAUCAGAUACCAUUGUGGAAUCACCAAACAGGGACACCUCUAGUGCUUUAUAUGAAGAUCAAGAGCUAACAUUCGCCCGCACGCCUCUGGGUAGAUGUGCCUCUGCUGAGUCUCUGGAAUCAGUAGCUUCCGAUUCAUCAAUAUUCGAAGGACAAUCGAGUUCAACUGGACAAUUAGAAAUAACAAUUAAUUAUCUAGAAGACUCCGGUUGCUUAUUACUAACUAUUGUACAAGCACGUGAUUUGAAAAUGACCAAUCAACACAAGCCUUUGGAUACUUUUGUAAAGAUUUUCAUUGAGCCCGACGAAGAAUCUAAGGCACAUACAAAGAUUGCACAUCGUUGUCUUAGUCCAAUUUACAAUGAGAAGUUUUUAUUCAACAUUCCUAAAUCGGAGCUGGACUACCGUGCUCUUCGUUUAGUAGUUCUAAGUUGCGAUAGAUUCUCUCGCAUCGGAAUGCUAGGAGUAUGUAGGCUUAGACUGAGCGAUCUGAACCUUGUACCAAAUCCAUUCACUGCUUGGUUGGAUCUAGCCGAGAUGUCAGACGAUGAGACUACCAUGGACUUAGGCGAUGUGCUGGUUUCAUUGAGCUAUCUGCCGACGGCAGCACGGCUAAUGGUGAUAAUUGUUAAGGCUAGAAAUUUGAAAUGGACAGACCAAAAAGAAACAGCAGAUCCAUUUGUUAAAGUAUAUUUGCUACAAGACGGAAAGAAAAUUAGCAAGAAAAGAACAUCAGUUAAGAGAUCUGAAUCGUGUCCAAUUUAUAACGAAGCAAUGAUUUUCUCAGCACCAGCUUCUCUUCUUGAGGCAUUAACUAUUCGGAUUACUGUGGCAGAGAACAUCCUAUCCAGCAAAGCACCGAGUGUGGGCCAUGUUUUGAUUGGUCCAUCGUCCGGCGGUGCUGCUCUCGUUCAUUGGCAACAGAUGAUGUCAUCACCUAGGAAACCAAUAGCAAUGUGGCAUCCUCUACAAAAGUACUAAGUUCUAAAAAGAAAACUGAUAGCGAAAUGUUUAAUUAGUAUUUUUUACGCGAGCGCACGUCAUAUUGACAGGAUUUAGUAAUUCGAAUCAUUAUUGGGCGGUUAUGUUUACGCACUGCAUCUUAACCAGCCAAUGAUUGAAAUCUCAGAAUGCUUAAAUUUUAAAUGAGCAUAGAAGGAUGUAUGUGUAUGAAAUUAGGUGUGGUAGGCCUAUCAAUCUGAGAUAAAGCCUGUUAUUACACACAAUAAUCUAUCUAAACCGCUAUGCUCACCACCCAGACAACUGCGACGUAACUGUUAUACUUUUAUAAUAUUAAUUUUCCUUACAGAUUAUCUAGGCAUAUCUAUUAGGCCAUAUAUCUUAUGUCUAUAGUUUGCACAUUUAUGAUAUAUGUCCAAUAGACCGAAUCGGCGCCUCCAGCUACUGGUCACGUGACAUGAUAGUGGGCACUAAGUAAACAGCCACAUCGUUAGUCACAGUGCGCUCAGUUUGAACACAGUAUAUUGAGAGAGUUAUGAUGUUUUUUAAACAGCGACCCAAAGUAAAGUAAGGAAGUAGGCCUAUUUUUAUGUUUUUUAAAUAGUGAUUUAUAAUUACUUUGGCAAUCUCCGUGCAUUUCAUUUAGGCUCUGGAAUGCUGCUAGUGUAGGCUACAUACAGGAUAGGCCUGAACUGCACUCUGUAGUGUAAAGCCUUGACCAGCCAAGGCCAGGACCAGGGAGGGAGUUGUUAUGUCUCGACUAUAUAUCUCUGUGGUUCAGUAGGUAAUAAAGCAGAAAAUAACCCUUAAUGGUACUGAUUGCUCAACCGAACUUUGUCUAGGAAACAGGCUUUUGAUAAUAGGCCUGGUUGGUAUGGUACAUCAUAAUGCCAGUACGUAAUAACAAUAUUUGUUAUGAUGAUCACCAUCCUCGACAGUAACUAAGCCAACUAACAUCCAGUAUUUAAUUUUGGAUUUAAAAUAACUGUAAAAUAAUACUCUUGCAACGAAUUGGAAGAUUCCUUUUUUUUUCAUGCUGCGAUAGAUUUGCCAUGAAUAAUAUUCUUGAAUUAGACCUAAAAAUUACCUCAGUCGGCGACGACAUUGGAGCAAUGCACGUCGUGAAGGUACCGUACCUUUCCUUGAAAAACUUCCAGGCUUUAUUCCCACUAUCCAUUGAUUGGAGCCUUACCAAACCAAACUGAUAAGUGUUUGAAAAUUUAAUUUUGGAACACUUCUAAAUGAUUUACCAAAUUAUAACUCGCAUUCCAACCAACAUUUGCAACAUAUAUGAUGUGACUUCCACCAACAACAAGGCGAAGCCAUAUUGAAUGCAGUCGUCUCGCGAUCUUAAUAGAUAUAAACAAACACUAAUACCCACUAUAAGUCACGUGACCUGAGCCGCCAAUUCGGUCUAUUGAUGAUUCAGUUUUAAUGUAAUUAGUAUAUUUUAAUUAGUCUAUUAAACAGUCCUCAAAACUGUAUUUUUGUGAUAGUAGAUUUCGUUCAUGAAGUGUCCAGAGACCCAUGCAGUGAUGAAAAAUAAUAUUUAUUAAGACCUGAGACAGACAAGUAUCUAUCGCCAUGAUACAAUCAAACCCAUUGCAGAGUACAGAGUGAAUAUCAAUAUUUCCAUGAUUUACUUCGCCUAUUAUUAUCACACUAUCCACGGGACAUUCUGGUGAAGAAUCAAUCAAUCAAUCAACCAAUAAACCAAUAAAUCAAUUAAUAUUUCCAUUUAUAUGGCGCCAGUCAUUGCCAAAAAAGAUGAUAUGAAAAUUGGGUCUUGAAUAGUGACUUCAAAUUGUCCAGUUAAGGUGAAUAUUUAAUGUACAACGGAAGUUUAUUCCAGAGCCUUGGUCCGACAGUGCUGAGGUGAAAGCCUGAUCUCUUCAGCUAUGUUUGCUCAAUUCAAUGUUUUACUAUGUUUUAACUGCUUUAACUAAAACUACAAUAAUCCGAUAUCAAAAUUUAUCAGGAUUUUGUUAAGGAUUGUAAAGAAAAUAGAUAUAAUACACAUAGGGCGUAUUUGUAAUGUUGGUUUCGAUUUUACUUUAUAUCUAAUAUUAUUACUGAUUAUACUUCUUCACAUUACCAAUCAAAUCAUGAAUAAUAAUAAAAAUGUAUGCAAUUUAUGAUGACGUUUAUUAAAGAAAGAAAUUAAUAUAUUUUAAAUUGUUGAUAUAAUAAUAGUGCAAAGAAUAUUCUAAUGAUAAUAAUAUAAAUGAUAAAUUGAUGAUCAUGAUGACGUUAAGAAAGAUAAUAAGAUAAUAAACACAAAUUUGUAAGUUCAGGCAACAUGAUUUAUAAACGAUUAUGAUCAUUUAUAUAAAUAACUGGGUUAUUAUAAACUGAGAUUCAUGUUUGUGUACUGAAGACGUAUUCAUACGAAAACAUAAGUGCUUAUAAACGUGUUAUUUUCUUUUUA